AAUUUCAUCAAACUGAGCUUUAAAAUUGUAGAUGACAAAAACUCCCAAAUCUAAUAGGCAUAUGACAAAAUCUAUGAAAUAUUUUUACGUGAUUCUAUUUGAAUCUUUGCCACUUCCAAUCUCCCACACUAAUAUUUGUAUUAGUAAUGCUACUAGUUGCUCUUUAACUUGUUUUAUCCAACAAAAAAAUAAAAAUAAAAAAAUGCUAGUACUAGUUUCUGAAAUUUGCAAUUUGCAAGCUGUUGAGAGUGAAGACUCCGGCUCAAGUCAACACCCAAUCACAAAAUAUGCAAUCUCUCGCCAUAAUCAAGCAUCCCGGUUCAAAAAGUUGGAAUCUUUUUACUGAUUUUGAUGAUCGUAGUUAGGUUUUGGAGGAUUUAUGCUCCAAGAAAUUGAAGUUCUUGCUGUAUUGCUUGCUGGGGUUUGGAAAUUUAUGGCUGAAGCUGAAAUAAUCAAGAACUGGGGAGUUGACUUGGGAAGUGUCAAGGGUUUGAAGAUGUUGAUUCUUUGUUGAAGUGAGAUUGUUACUUCUUUUGAUAAAUAUGGAUCUGAUAUUUGGGAUAAAUUGGGAUGGAUAAUACUAGUAUUUUUUGAUCUGGUGUAAUUUCAUCAUAUUUUUGUGGAAUUUGGAUUUGGGAAUUUACUGUUGCAGUUAGAAUGAAUGGGGAUAUUGUUUUUGGAUGAAUUUGGUGGUGGAAAAUGUUGGUUUCUGGAUUGAGGUUUUGCAUCGUGAAGCUGUGGAUGUUGUUUGAAGUUUUGUAGUUUUGUAGUUUUCUUGGUUUGUGACUUUGUAUAGUCAUUUUGCUGCUAUGGAGAAUGGCAAUGAUCCGUCGUCGUCCUUGAGUUUCGCCUCGUCUUCGUAUCUAUCGAACGGCUCGAGUGGCCACAAUGCACCUUCGUCUAAUGUCUGCGAAGUAGGGACUAAUCUCGAGUUCUUGAGCUUGAGUAGGCUUAGCUUGAGUCUUGAGAGGCUGGUGGUUGGUUCUGACUAUGACUAUAGUGACGCGGAGGUGGAGGUCGAGGGGGUGAGUGUAGGUGUCAACCGCUGCAUCCUAGCUGCACGGAGCGAGUUCUUCCACCAACUGUUUAGGAACACGAGCGUUGACAGCUCCAUGAGGGAGGUGAAGGGGAAGCCCAAGUACCUCAUGAAGGAUUUGGUGCCCGAGGGGAGGGUAUGUUACGAGGCGUUUAUGGUGGUCUUGAACUACUUGUACACCGGGAAGGUGAGGGCGUCCCCGACUGAUGUCUCCACCUGCGUUGAUGAGUCUUGUGCCCACGAUGCCUGUGGCCCGGCCAUCAACUACGCUGUGGAGAUGAUGUACGCCUCUGCCACGUUUCAGAUCAAGGAGCUCGUGAUGGUUGUUCAGCGUCGUCUCCUUAAUUUUGUCGACAAAGCUUAUGUGGAAGAUGUGAUGCCGAUCCUCAUGGUGGCGUUUCACUGCGGCUUGCAACAGCUUCUCUCGCAUUGUCUCCAAAGAGUAGCGCGAUCCGACGUGGACAACAUCAUCCUCGAGAAGGAGCUCCCCGUUGAGGUCCUGAACGACGUCAGAUCUCUCCGCCUCAAAUCCAACCAGGACGAGGAGCACAACUCCGUUCAGGUGGACCCUUUGAACGAGAAACGCGUCAGGAAGAUCCACCGGGCGUUGGACUCGGACGAUGUCGAGUUGGUGAAGAAGCUUCUCGAAGAAUCCAACAUCUCCUUGGACGCCGCCUGCGCCCUUCACUACGCCACAGCUUAUUGUGUCCCUAAGAUCGUGUACGAGGUUCUGAACCUUGAGAGCGCCGACGUCAACCUCCGGAACUCACGGGGCUACACGGUCCUCCACGUCGCCGCGAGGCGCAAGGACCCCGAGAUCAUUGUCGGGCUGCUCAACAGGGGUGCUGUCGUGUCGGAUGCCACCGGAGAUGGACAGACGCCUCUCUCAAUCUGCCGGAGGCUGACGCGCCCCAAGGAUUUCAACGAGGCGAAGGAGCACGGCCAGGAGACGAACACGGACAGGCUGUGCAUCGACGUGUUGGAGAGGGAGAUGCGGAGGAAUCCGUUGGCCGGAAACAUCUCGUUGUCGUCAAUGAUGGUAGCUGAUGAUGUCCACAUGAGGCUUCUCCUUCUUGAAAACAGAGUGGCAAUGGCGCGCUCGUUGUUCCCUCUCGAAGCCAGACUGGCAAUGCAGAUAGCGCACGCAGAUUCGACUAUGGAGUUUGCCGGACUCUCGGCUGCAAAUGGCGCCUACGGGAGCUUUAAAGAGGUCGAUUUGAACGAGAUCCCUUCCGAUCAUGUGAGGAGGCUCCAUUUGAGGCUCCAAGCCCUUCAAAAAACCGUGGAGACCGGCCGUCGCUUCUUCCCCAACUGCUCGGAGGUUCUCGACCAGCUCUUGGAGGACGACACGCUAGGCGCGCUGCUGCUUGAGAAGGGCUCCAUGGAGGAGCAGCGGGUGAAGCGGCAGCGCUACAUGGAGCUGAAGCAGGACGUGAUGAAGGCGUUCAGCAAGGACUUGGCCGAGCAUAAGUGGCCGGGCUUGUCGUCGUCGUCUUCGUGCUCGGAUCCUCGGAAGGUUGGUGGAAUGCAUAAGGUUAGGAGAAGAUAGGCUUGUAGCGUUUGUACGUCCGGACUCCGUCCCUCGUCGGAGAGGCGAGGGAGGGAGUCCGGACGAGGCCGGGUUCGGUCUCUCUGUUACAUCUUGCUUUUGUCGUGCGUCGUGUGAGCGUGUAAUGGUAUUUUUAAUAUUCGAUACACGUGACAUGCAUUAGUAAAUUAUGAAACACGAGAUGUAAUAUGAAAAUAUGAUAGAAAUUUUUUGCUUUUGUAGAUUA